CCGGCUCCUCCCCUUCAGUCUUGCACAGGUGUACCGGCUCCUCCCAUUCAGUCUUGCACAGGUGUACCGGCUCCUCCCCUUCAGCCUUGCACAGGUGUACCGGCUCCUCCCCUUCAGUCUUGCACAGGUGUACCGGCUCCUCCCCUUCAGUCUUGCACAGGUGUACCGGCUCCCCCUCUUCAGUCUUGCACAGGUGUACCGGCUCCUCCCCUUCAGUCUUGCACAGGUGUACCCGCUCCUCCCAUUCAGUCUUGCACAGGUGUACCGGCUCCACCCCUUCAGUCUUGCACAGGUGUACCGGCUCCUCCCCUUCAGUCUUGCACAGGUGUACCGGCUCCUCCCCUUCAGUCUUGCACAGGUGUACCGGCUCCUCCCCUUCAGUCU